UUUUUCUUAAUCUUCUUCCUUUAUGGCUUCAAUAACACAAUUACCAAACAAAACUAGCAUGAAUCACAUUACAUUCUCACAAACCUUUAACUCAAAAACUCACCCCUUUGGUCAAGUUUCACUACCAAUGAAAAAUGACUUUUUUUCUUCUUCUUCUUCUUCUUCUUCUUGUUGUAAGUCAUCAAUUGUAGCAUCAAAUUCAGCUUUACUAGGAAUCACCCUUCCAAACAACAAUAAUACCUACACUAGUACUAUUAGCACCUCCACUUUUUCUAAACACAUACACAAAACCACUACUACAAAAACUUUAUCAAAUUUUUGGAGAGAAGUUCAAGGGUGCAAUAAUUGGGAAAACCUUUUAGACCCUUUACACCCUUUACUUAGACAAGAGAUAAUUCGAUAUGGAGAGUUUGUUAAAGCUUCUUACAAAGCCUUUGAUCUUGAUCAAAACUCAAAAAGAUACUUGAAUUGUAAGUAUGGUAAAAAAAAUAUGUUCAAAGAAGUUGGAAUGGAAAAUUGUGGCUAUGAAGUCACAAAGUAUAUCUAUGCAACUCCACCUAACAUAACAAACAUCAUAGAAAACAACAACAUCAACAACAACUCUGGCCGGUGGAUCGGUUAUGUAGCGGUUUCGACCGAUGAAUCAUUCAAAAAACUCGGUCGGAGAGAUAUCAUCGUAACUUUCAGAGGCACGGUUACACAUCAAGAAUGGAUUUCCAAUCUAAUGAGCUCACUAACACCGGCGAAUCUCGAUCCACAUAAUCCAUUACCACAAGUGAAAGUUGAAUCCGGUUUUCUUUCUUUGUAUACCUCGGACGAAAGUUCUUCGAAAUUCGGGCUUCGAAGUUGUAGAGAACAACUUCUUAAUGAAGUUUCAAGGUUGAUGAAGAAAUAUAAAGGUGAGAAUAUUAGUAUAUCUUUGGCUGGUCAUAGCAUGGGAAGUGCUUUAGCUCUUUUACUUGCUUAUGAUAUAACGGAGCUAGGUUUAAAUAAAAAAAAUAAACAAGAUUUUGCUAGUGUUAGUGUUUUUUCUUUUGGAGGACCAAGAGUUGGUAACCUAGAGUUUAAAAAAAGAUGUGAAGAAUUAGGUGUGAAAGUUUUGAGAAUAACUAAUGUUAAUGAUCCUAUAACAAAACUACCGGGUGUUUUGUUCAAUGAAAAUUUUAGGGUUUUGUUGGGUGGUAGGUAUGAGUUUCCUUGGAGUUGUUCUUGUUAUGCUCAUGUUGGUGUUGAACUUGUUCUUGAUUUUUUCAAUGUUCAAAACCCUUCUUGUGUUCAUGAUUUGGAUACUUAUAUUGGUCUACUUAGAUGUCCUAAAAAUAUUGAUCUAGUCAUUAGUCAAAGUGAUGAUGGAGUGAACUAUUUGUUUGAGAAGGCAAAGGAAUUUCUUUUGAGUUCUUCAUUACAAGUGUUUGGUGGAGUCAAUAACCAUAAUCAUUUUCUUAGUGAAGUUUCAACGGAUUUAUUGUGUUCUUGGAGUGAUGAACUACUUUUUGGCCUUGUUCUAUUGCUGUUGUAAUUUCUUACUUAUAAAUAGCUACUAAUUAAUCAACUAAUUAUAUAUAGAAACUAUAUAUCAAAAAUAAAUAUAGAGUUAGAGAUUAUGGAAAUAGUGAGGAGAACUUUGUGAGCAACAAAAUUUGAAUCCAAGGAUUCUCAUUCUCAAUACUUCU